AGUCCAUCAAGAAACCUAUGACUCUUCACAAUAUAUAGUAGUCUUCAAUUCAAUGUCUGCACAUGUAAUGGCUGUUACAGGACUUAGAGUUUCAUCGUUUACAAGCUCACUUGCUUCAUGCCCAUCCAUUUAUCAACCAUGGAACCUAUCGUUACAGACAUCUAAACGAGGGACGAUUCAUAAUAACUUGUCCAUCAAGUGCGUUGCUUUCAAUGACAACAAGGUGCCCAGUCAAAUUGAUCUUCGGACAAACAAUUUUGAGCAAGUUAAAAGAAACAGCCAAAUGGCGUUGCUAAACUCAAGUGAUCCAAUCAAAAUAUUGAAGAUGAUUGACACCAUCCAAAGGUUAGGAAUUGAGCAUCAUUUCAAAGAAGAGAUCAACGUACAACUUGGAAAGGUAGGAGAUUGGGAUGUCACUCAAGACCUCUUUGGCACAGCCCUUCAAUUUCGCCUACAAAGACAUAAUGGCUGGCCUAGUUGUUCUGAUGUUUUCAAGAAAUUUUUGGACAAGAGUGGGACUUUCAAGGAAUCAAUCACCAAUGACAUUUGGGGUAUGUUAAGUCUAUACGAGGCAUCAUAUUUAGGUGCAAAAGGUGAAGAAGUAUUACAACAGGCCAUGGACUUCUCCAAGGCUCAUCUACACCAGUCACUCCCACACCUAAGUCCUGAACUACGAAAGCUUGUUGCCAAAGCCUUAACACUUCCAAGGCACCUAAGAAUGGGUAGGUUAGAAGCCAGGAACUACAUGGAAAAAUAUAGCCAAGCAACUAACCAAAUACCUGCUCUUAUGGAAUUGGCAAAGUUAGACUUUGCCAUGGUUCAAUCAAUGCACCAAAAAGAAUUAGCAGAAAUCUCCAGGUGGUGGAAAAACUUGGGACUUGUUGAAAGACUUGGCUUUGCCAGAGAUAGACCAGCAGAGUGCUUCCUAUGGACAGUGGGGACUUUUCCAGAACCACGCUAUUCAAAUUGUCGCAUUGAACUUACAAAAACCAUAUGCAUUUUGCUAGUUAUGGAUGAUAUUUUCGACACUUAUGGCACAUUAGAAGAACUUGUUCUUUUUACCGAGGCAAUCAAAAGGUGGGAUCUUGAUGCGAUGGAGCAAUUGCCUGAAUAUAUGAAGAUAUGCUAUAUGGCAUUAUUUAACACCACCCAUGAAAUUGCAUAUAAAAUUCAAAAAGAGCACGGACAAACCGUUGUUGCUUGCUUGAAAAGAACAUGGAUAGACAUAUUUGAAGCUUUUCUAAAAGAAGCCAAAUGGUUCAACAACGGAUACAUCCCAACUUUUAAGGAAUAUUUGGAUAAUGGGGUGAUUUCUUCAGGAUCAUACAUGGCCUUGGUGCAUGCAACUUUUCUCAUUGGGGAUUCCCUAUCAAAGGAAACCAUUUCCAUUAUGAAGCCAUACCCAAGGCUUUUCUCUUGCUCUGGGGAAAUUCUUAGGCUUUGGGACGACUUGGGAACCUCAAGGGAGGAACAAGAAAGAGGAGACAAUGCUUGCAGCAUACAGUGUCUCAUGACGGAGAAUAAUCUUUCAGAUGAAAAUGUUGCCAGGAAACAUAUAAGGCAACUAAUACAAAACUUGUGGCCAGAGCUAAAUGGUCUUGCUAUGACCACAACCGCUCUGCCUUCGUCGGUUAUGAAGGCUUCUCUUAACAUGGCUAGAACUGCUCAGGUUAUUUAUCAACAUGGAGAUGAUCAAAACACAUUUACAGUUGAUGAUUAUGUGAAAACAUUGAUCUUGACACCUUCUUCCAACUAUUGAGAUGAAAGUGAUAUCGAUUGAUUAAUUGUCAAUUAUGUGUUACAUGAUUCAUAUUUAUAAUUUUUAAACAUUUUUCUUUGCUGA